ACGCGCACAUCAGCUGACCGACGGUCCACGGCGGAAAGAAGCGCAGUCCUCCGUCGACCUUCACUCGGCUUCUUUUCCCGCAGAUACCGCAGCGCGACAUGGCGAGUCAGUCCCAGGGCAUCCAGCAGCUGCUGCAGGCCGAGAAGAGAGCGGCCGAGAAGGUGACCGAGGCCCGCAAGCGGAAGAACCGGCGUCUGAAGCAGGCGAAGGAAGAAGCUCAGGCCGAGAUCGAACAAUAUCGACUUCAGAGGGAGAAAGAGUUCAAGACCAAAGAGGCCGCUGCCCUCGGUUCCCACGGCAACAGUGCAGUGGAGGUGGACCGUGACACGGUGGAGCGGAUGGCUCGUAUCCAGGCAAGUUACCGCGGUAACCGGGAGGCAGUGCUGGGCGAGUUACUGCGGCGUGUCUGUGACAUCCAUCCAGAGUUCCACGCCAACUACCGCGUGGCGGGCUGAGUCGUAAUUCCAAACAGGGCGAGGCCAACAGAGAAGACAGGAACUUUAGCAAAAAAUAAGAGCUUUUAUUUUGAAUAUCUGAAGUUCAUCUCCUGCUGAGUUCUUGCUUCAAGGGAAGAUAUUAAUAAAUGUUGUUACUGUGUUGAUGUUUACAGAAUAUUUGUUUCUUUAAAUCCCUCCCAAAUCUAACAAAACAAAGGUUUUCGAUCACUUUAUCUCUGUGAGGUUUAAGGACAAAAUAAGCCAACAUGUGGUCAGUUUAAAGUAAAAUACAAUAAUUCAUCUAAAUGAAGUAAGAUUUGAUCAGUUGAUUGGCUGUUUCCCUUUGUUAUUACCUUCAUCACAAUAAUGUGGAAAGGCUUUUAUUUUGAAACUUGUUCCCUUUGUGUGACCGUAAAACAACUUGUUCUGAUGACUUCCUGUUGAUUUUUGUGAAGUGAUAUAAUGUGAAAUAAUAAACUGAAUGUUCAAUGGCGGAAA